UACACUCACACAGGUCCUGUCAUUGUGUCUCCCCGAACAUUCCCUCCACAGCUUCUGGUGCUGCCUGUUUGAAAGCCGCUCAGUAAUCCUGGAUCAGAGAGAACAAAGGGCCCCAGAGUGCUGGUGAUGUAAGCACUGUGUCCACUGCUUGCCCCCCCCACAACUGCUCUCCCCUCUCCCACAUGCUGCCUGCCCAGGGGAUGAGGUGAGACAGGGAGGAAGGUCCCUGUCGUGGAGGAUCCUGAAGAGGCAACCGGUGUUAGCGGCAGGCUAACGGCAGUUUGUGUGCUGUCUCAGGGCCGCUGCUGAUGACCUGGGACCCAGUGGGAGAGGAGAACGUUUUGACCGAAUCGCUGUACAGGAAUGUGGCUAAGCUGUGGGGAGUGGUGCAUCGGCUCAGUGUGACCAGCAGAAUAGACCAAGGGACUUUUACUGCCUCUUUACUACACUUUCCUUGGAAGGCCACGAUGCCAAAUGUUGGCGCUCUCUAAGUUCCUCAAUGGACUCGAUGCAGGACUCAAGUCGCACCAUGGGGGGUCUGAAUGCCCGUCUGAAGGGCUUCUUGGAGCAGGUGAACAGGCUGCAGGAGGCCAACCAGCGGCUGGAGGCUCAGAUCGCAGACUGGGGGGCCAGGAGCCCGCCACGCUCCCAGGACUGGACCCAGCAGGAACAGACUGUCAACGAGCUCCGUGCCCAGGUUGGUAACCUGCUGAUGGAGAAUGCCAAGCUGGCAUUACAGUCUGAAAGCAUGAAAUCCAGAGCUGCUGCCAUCCAGGCCAGACCUCCAAUGUCAUGGCUGCUCUCAAAGCAGGUGGGCUGCAGACCUUCAUCCAAACAGGCUUUGAUGCUGGUCAGACCAGAAACCCCUGCGCCGAUCACUGCCACCUUCAUGCUGGAGAGGAAGAACUGCUGA